CGAAGAAGGUCGUGGUGCAGAAGAAGCAAGUGCGCAAGGUUCGUAGCUCCAAGGGCAAGCCCGUGGCCGUCUCCAAGAAAGCCACGCCGGCCGCCGCCGCGAAGACGGCGGGUGUGAAGAAGCCGGUUCGCAAGGUGCGCGCUAAGCAAGCCACACCGAUAGCUCCGUUGCCUGCCGUCACGCAAGCAGCCACGACCGCUGAUCCUAGUACGUCGGCACCGGUAGUACAGAAGCAAGACGAUCCGGUACGCAAGGUCCGCAGCACGAAAAGGACGCCGGUCGCCAUCGCUCCCUCGACCCCGGCGCCGACGUCGAUGCCUGCCGCACCUACUAUCCCGACCGCUCCCACUCCAGCUCCUGUUGCGGCGAAGAAGGUUACUGCGUUCAAGGCUCGGAUUGAUGCCCAGCAACGCGCUGAGCGCGAAAAGGCGCAAGCACAGGCGCAAGCUGACCGUGAGAAGGCGCAAGCACAAGCACAAGCGGAGCGGGAAAACGCGAUCGACGGUGCUGAGAAGGCGGCUGAGAAGGCUCGGGCGCAAUCACAGGCGGAUCGAGAAAAACUCAAGGCUCAACGUGAGAAGGCACAAGCACAAGCUCAAGCCGAACGCGCUCGCCAGCAAGCGAAGCAACAAGCUGAACGCGAGAAGGCACGAGCUCAAGCCACGAUGGCGCGCGCUGCCAAGUCUGGCGUCGCCGCCAAGACGGAGCGACUCGCAGAGAAGAAGCAGGCUCAGCUCAAGGCUGCUAAUGUGCAGCAACGAACGAAUGAGAAGAGGCGGGUGGAACAAAGUCGUACUCGUGUCGAAGCCGUGACGAAGGAAGUCAGCAAAGAAGCUGCCGCGAGAAAGGCGGCGCGAGAGGCAAAGAUUAAGUCGCAGAAGGCUGCUGAGGCCUCCAAGGCUGCCGCCCGGGCCGCCGCCAAGGCGAAGAUGGAAGCCGCCAUGAACAGCGACAAGGCGUCCAAACAAGCUGCAGCUGCUGCCGCGGCCGCAGAACGUGAGGCGGCGCGAGCUCAAGCUGCGGCGGAGCGCGAGUCGCAAGCCGCAGACAAGGCGUUAGACAAGGAAGUUCAGGCGAGCGCCCCGCCGACCACGCAGGCCACCCCCGCCCCGACGUCGAUCCCGGUGCCUUCUUCGCCGGCACCGGUCAAGGUGCAAACGCAAGGCAAGCAAGCCGACAUCGCGAGGCAGCGUGAGCAAGAGCGCAAGGAGAGAGAGAGGAAGCAGGCCGAGCAGAAGCGUGAGCAAGAGCGCGCCAAGGCCUCAGCGCAACGCGAACGUGAGCGCGUCGCCAAGUCCAGCUCCUCUCAAGAUCUAAGCUUCGUCGGUGCCACCUUCAGCAAUGUCGCCGCUGUCUCCGUGGCGACCGCGGUCGCCCUCGGCGUCUUGGUGCCGAGCGUGCGACAGUCCGUUCUGCAAGGCGACCUCGAGGGGGCUGCAGAUGCGAUGUUUGAAACCAUUGAUGGGAUUGACAACUUCCCGGUGAAGGCUGCGACGGUCGGUGCGAUUGUUGCUACUGACGCUGUCGUGCACUUGCCCGUGCUCGGUGCGAUCGUUCCGGCUCCGCUCGAGUUUGUGGGAACGCUCACGGCUGUUUUACUCCUCGAGCGCUACCUCCUCGUCGGCGAAGACAAAAUCGGUAAGGAUUUCGAGUUUCUCGCCGAUAGUUUGCCGAAGAAGCUGCCGCAAGAUGUUGGUGAAGCGCUCGACCUACUCGCUCCGGUCGGUACCGCCGCGAAGAAGGCUGUGAACGCCGCCAAGGACAUCGAUGUGGAUGGCAUCACGGAGACCGCCAAGGACCUCCCAGCUUGGUUCGGCGAAAAGAACGAGAAUCCAGUGCUCGACAUCGCUGGUCCCGCCACCACGCUCACCGGUACCGUUGUGCUCGGCAACGUUGCCCACUGGCCGCUCGUAGCCAUCGCGGCGCCGCGACUCUUGGAACUCUUGGGUGCCGGCGUCGUCGUGUACAGCUUGCAGCGCUACGGAUCAACGGACUCCAAGCUCGGUAACGACCUUAAGGCCGUCCUCGAAGAGUCCAAGCGUCCGCUCAAGAAAUUGCUAUAA